AAGGGUUGAAGAAUGCCCAUGCGGUUGCUGAAGACACCUAUGAAUCCAUCAUGGCAAAGAUCCAUGAUGUUGUCGAAUCAAUGAAGUCUGAAGAGGCCAAUAUUGAGGAGGAGCAAGCGGAGGAGCCAAAGAAGUUCCAUGACAACCCACACCACAAGGGACCACACCACAAGGGACCACACCACAAGGGCCCACACCAUAAGGACCCACAUCACCGCUUGAUCACUGAUUAUCCAAAUGCCCCACACGCUGUAUCUCCACAUCGUGCUGGUAAGAAGGGAUGCAAGGGCUUCAAGGUUUCAACGGAUGAGAUCUCUACUGUUGAAACAAUCAAGCAAUGGGGUGAAGACGUUGUUGCAGGUGUCAAGUCCAUUGACUUUGCUGAUUCUGCAAAGCGUAUCUCUGAAUCUCCAGAGGCUGUUUGUGCAGUUGCAUCCGGAUUCCUUGGUGGAUUCCUGAUCUUGGGACUAAUUGCCAUCUUUGCAAAGCUUCACGCUCGUAGAUUGCAACAAAUUAGACUUGAAGAUGAAGAACUCAACGAGAAGAAGUGAA